UUAAGUCUUUACGCACAUAACUGGGCCAAAGAGCCACAUUCGAACAAAUGGCUCUGGCGAUGAAGCAGUAUCCUUCGGCCCUGGGCGCCAGGAAGCCGUGUCAGCCGCUGCUCCCGCCUCGGCCCAGCGUGCGUCGUCCAGGAGCGGGCAUCGGAUCUGGUUCGCGACGUGCGGCUGUGUGCGUUAAGGCCAGUCUGUUGGACCCCAGCACCGCAGCCAGCACUGUUGAGGCGGUUCAGCACGCCCAAAACCUUUACACCUUGGCCGAUGGAGGCCCAAUCGACCUGCUGGCGCAGUUCUUCACAUCGGUGUUGCGGACGCUGGACGACGGGCUAGAGAAUGCGCACGUGCCAUACUCGUAUGGCUUCGCCAUCAUCACGCUGACCGUUCUGGUGAAACUUGCGACGUUUCCGCUUACCCAAAAGCAGGUGGAGUCCACGCUCUCCCUCCAAGCACUGCAGCCCCGCGUCAAGGAGCUCCAAGCCAAGCACGCCGAUGACCCGGAGACGCUGCAGCUCGAGACGGCUCGCAUGUACAAGGAAGCUGGCGUAAACCCGCUGGCGGGCUGCCUGCCCACCCUGGCCACUAUCCCCGUCUUCAUCGGUCUGUACAAUGCGCUCAGCAAUGCAGCCAAGGCGGGUCUUCUUACGGAGGGCUUCUUCUGGAUCCCCUCAUUGAGCGGCCCCACCACCAUUGGCGGCGGGCUGGAGUGGUUGUUUCCCUUCCAGGACGGCGCUCCGCCUGUGGGCUGGGCGAACGCGGCGGCCUACCUGGUGAUGCCGGUGCUGUUGGUGGCGUCCCAGUACGCUUCCCAAAAGAUAAUUUCCACGACGCAGAACAGUAACGACCCGGCGCAGCAGCAGUCGCAGGCGAUUCUGAAAUUCCUGCCGCUGAUGAUUGGCUGGUUCUCUCUCAACGUGCCCUCGGGCCUCACGCUGUACUGGUUUGUCAACAACCUUCUGUCAACCGCGCAGCAGUUGUAUCUGAAGGCGACCGUCAAGGUCAACGUUCCCGAGUCCAUUAAGGCGCCUGUGGCGGCAACAUCGGCCACCGUGGUGAAGCCCAAGGAGGAACGCGUGAAGAGGAUUACAGGCAAGGAGCUUGGGGCGCGGAAGAAGCGGCGAAACGAGGCGGGUGAGGAGGUGGAGGAGGUGGAUGUAGAGAUUGUGUCCACCAGCGGUAGCAACGGCGCCGCCUCAGCGUCGCCAGCUGUCAACGGCAACGGGUCAGGAUCUUCGCGCAAGGGUGAGAAGUUCCGGGCGCUCAAGGCACGGGAGGCGGCUGCAAA